AUGACCUGUCGUAACAGAGAACCCCAAAAAAUCAUUCCAGUCUCUCUCGUCUCUCCGGGAAGAAAUUACCCGCGUCGCGGUGGCCGCCUCAAAAUCCCAGACGAGACGCACGAGCAAACCUUCCCCCACCGCGCUAUGGCCGGCGAGAUGCCUGACGCCGACGGCAAGCCCAGCUCCGCCUCAUCGGGGUUCCCGCCGUCGGCGCCGCCACAACCGCCGCAGCACCAGUACGGCACCUUCGGGGCCCCGCCACCCGCCACAGGCGAGCUGCCGCAGCCGGCGGUCGGGUUCCCCCAGCCGGCCCCGCCACCUGGGUUCCGGCACUACCCGCCGCCGCCACCGGCGUCCUACGCGGUCUACCCUCCUCCGCAGACGUACACGGCCGCCGCGCCGUACUACGCCCAGGGCUACCAGGCCGUGCAAGGUUACAUUCCUGUUGUUGAAGGAAGGCCUGUGAGAAUGCAACGCCUUCCAUGCUGUGGCCUUGGCAUGGGUUGGUUCCUGUUUAUUAUUGGCUUCUUCCUUGCUGCCAUUCCAUGGUAUGUUGGAGCUUUCGUUCUGAUCUGCGUCCGAGUACAUGAUUACAGGGAGAAACCUGGAUAUGUUGCUUGUACUAUUGCUGCUUUGCUUGCUGCCAUUGCUGUUCUGCUUGGUCUCACGAAAGGAGAAGAUAUUUGGUGAACUGGUUUCGAUCAUCAGUGGUUUGCCUAAUGUAAAUGUCUGUUUGAAUAUCUUGUGAAAUUCUGGGUUGUACAUGCAUACAUAGAAAUGAUAGUGGGACGACGACGACGUAUUCUCAUAUUUGGCUAUGUAUAUUUGUAGUGUACAAAGGUGUUGAUGUAUUCAUCAUAUUUAUUAUAUUUAAAUAUCCAUUUUUCUAAC